AGCGCCGAGCCCGUCCCGCGGCCCCCUGCGGAGUCCCGGCGCGGCGGCGGCGGCGGGGCGGCCGUCCCGAGAUGAGCAGCCCCGAUGCGGGCUACGCCAGCAGCGACGACCAAGCGCCGGGGCGGUGCUCGCUGCCCAUCAUGAUGCCGGCCAUGGGCCCCUGCCCCUGGGCAGAGUCGCUGAGCCCGCUGGGCGAGGCGAAGGCGAAGAGCGAGGCGGCGCCGUCGGGGGCGGCGGGCGGCCGCGGCAAGAGCGAGGCGCGCAUCCGGCGGCCCAUGAACGCCUUCAUGGUGUGGGCGAAGGACGAGCGCAAGCGGCUGGCGCAGCAGAACCCGGACCUGCACAACGCCGAGCUCAGCAAGAUGCUGGGUAAAUCGUGGAAGGCGCUGUCGCUGGCGGAGAAGCGGCCGUUCGUGGAGGAGGCGGAGCGGCUGCGGGUGCAGCACAUGCAGGACCACCCCAACUACAAGUACCGGCCGCGGCGGCGGAAGCAGGUGAAGCGCCUGAAGCGCGUGGAGAGCGGCUUCCUGCAGCACGGCCUGGCGGAGGCGGCGGCGCCCGGGCUGGGCGGCGAGGGCGGCGGCGGCGGCGGCGGCAGGAUGUGCGUGGAGGGCCUGGGCCUGCCCUACGGCGAGCCGGGCUACGCGGCGGGGCCGGGCGCGCUGCCGCCGGCCGUCGGCCACUACCGGGACUGUCCGCCGCUGGGCGCCGCCUUCGACGGCUACAGCCUGCCGACGCCGGACCCGUCGCCGCUGGACGCGGCGGAGAGCGAGGCGCCCUUCUUCGCGGCGGGGCUGCAGGAGGAGUGCGCGCUGGUGCCCUACAGCUACGCGCCGCACGCGGCGGCCGAGUACGCGCCGGCGGCGGCCGAGAGCCCGGCGGGCGCGGCGCUGCGGCGGCACCUGCCGCCCGGCGAGCCCCUGGGGCCGGGCGGCUCGCUGCCGGGCCUGCUGGGCUGCCCGGCGCCGCUGCACGCCUACUACGGGCAGAUGUGCCAGCCGCCGGGCCCGGGGCGCCCACUGCCGCCGCCGCCGGCGGGCGGGCAGCCGUCGCCGCCGCCCGAGGCGGUGCCGUGCCGGGAGCCGCUGGAGCACCUGCCGCAGGACGAGCUGCUGGGCGAGGUGGACCGCACCGAGUUCGAGCAGUACCUGCACUUCGCCUGCAAGCCCGAGCUGGGGCUGCCCUUCGCGGGCCACGACGCCGCGGGGCUGCCGGCGCCCGAGGGCGCGGGGCCGGUGUCGGCGGCGGUCUCGGACGCCAGCAGCGCCGUCUACUACUGCGGCUACGCCGACGGGUGAGGCCGGGGGCACGGCGCGGACUGCCAGCGAAGCGCCCGGCCCCGCUCCUAUUUAUGUAAUUUAUUUCAAUCUUGAGAACUGACAGGGUAUCGGUGACCUACUCGAGGUUUGAAGAUGCGACCCACCGUCUUGUUUUCCGAGUGGUGCAGGUCGAGCCAUCUGUGUCCUACAGUGACACAUAAAACUGUUCCUAUGUGGAAUUCUGAAACGUUGAUCCUAGCUGCAUACUUGGAACAUAAUUUCUGAGAUCUUGUUAGAGAUCCGUAUGCUUUUGUAAUCUUGUACAGAGUGCUGGUUUUUUUAUAUGUUGGGUUUGUACGGAAUAAUUUUGCACUUUUACAAAUAAAGGGAAAAUAAUAAAACUGGUCGUUGAUAUCCCCACAUAGACAUCAUCCUUUGUAUAUCCACUGCUCUUUCAAGUAGUUUUCCUGAAGUCUCUCUCACUAAGGAUGAGCGUCACACCUAAGGGUAUUUCUCUGGCCGUAGUGCCUUUCUCCUUCCAUCUGUCCUGCCCAAACUGUGAGCCAAACUUCUACUGGCUGGAAACUGUUUACCCCCGACUGCUGCAAAGGUUAUUUUCCAAACUUUCAUAGGCGGCUUUUUAGACGAUUGAGUAAUAGGACUGAAUUAAAAAGAAUUAAGCAAUCUAUUUUAUUUUCGAAGUGCAAAAAGAAGAUAAGAAAGCUCUGACUGAAUUACGUUAGGGUUUGAGUAUUUCAGUGCUUUCAGUGAGCUUUUCCGUGUAAUCAUGGAAGCAUUUGGAUGACGUUAAGAAUAGUACCUUGUUCAAAUGUCAGAAUAAGUGCUAAAUGAAGCGGCUCCCUGGAGGGAAUGUAUUUCGUGUUCAAAUACCUGCCUUCAUUGCAGGGGAGUAGGGUAUACGGGUCUCUUCUAUCGAAAAUGGUACCAGUAUAUCGGGGUUCAAAGCUGAUGAAGAAUUUAGUCAUGAACGUCUAAAGGCCAGAGACCUACCAGCACUAGACUGCUCUAACAUCAAAUCACAAUGAUACAUUAAAACAUACAUUUUCAUUGGGUUUUUUUUUUCUGAAGAAAUUCCUUUUAAGUUUUGAGAUUGUGCUAUCCCAUUUUGACUAUAGGUCGAAAUACCUUUGUGACUGACAUGUUUGUGCUUUGCCCUGAAACAUCUGUGGGGAAAAACUUUCAUUUAAAUGGUAGUACUGAUUCAAGCUGUGGAGUGGGAUUGAUAAAGUCGUUGUGUUGAAUCAGAGGGGAAUAGACAUCUAGGUCGUUUACUUCUAAGAUAAAAGCGGCGGAGCAGACUCCUGGGGGGUGGGAGCUGAGGUAGAAGUGGCAGACUGUCCCAAUGAUUAACCUCCUCAGGAAGGGAAAUUAAAUCGGUCGCAUUUUUA